UUUUGUUAAUGUGUGAGUGUUAAGUGUAUUAAAUGGCGAAUCGUGCAUAGUUAUGCGUAUUUCAGCAAAAUAAAUAAUUUACACAUAAAAUUCUAUUUAAAUACUUUGUUAUAUACAGCUUCAAGUAUUCAAAAUGCGUUCUGUAGUAGAAAUAGGAGCCAGUGUCCCAGCUUUUUUGGGAAAAUUGUGGAAACUGGUCAAUGAUUCAGAGACCAACCAUCUGAUAUCCUGGAGCCCUGGAGGAAAGACUUUUGUUAUAAAAAAUCAAGCUGAUUUUGCCCGGGAGUUACUACCUUUAUACUAUAAGCACAAUAAUAUGGCAAGCUUUAUUCGACAGCUAAAUAUGUAUGGUUUUCAUAAAAUAACAUCUGUUGAAAAUGGAGGACUGAGAUAUGAGAAAGAUGAAAUUGAAUUUUCACAUCCUUGCUUCAUGAGAGGUCAUGCUUAUUUACUUGAACACAUUAAAAGAAAGAUUGCAAAUCCUAAAUCAAUUGUUGCAAGUAGUGAAGGUGGAGAAAAAAUUAUCCUUAAACCAGAGCUUAUGAAUAAAGUGUUAGCUGAUGUUAAACAAAUGAAAGGAAAACAGGAAAGUCUAGAUGCAAAAUUUAGUGCCAUGAAACAGGAGAAUGAGGCUUUGUGGAGGGAAGUAGCCAUACUUAGACAGAAACAUAUAAAACAACAACAAAUUGUAAACAAUUUGAUUCAAUUCUUAAUGUCUCUAGUUCAGCCAGCUAGAGCACCAGCUGCUAGUGGUAACAAUGUAGGUGUAAAGAGACCCUAUCAAUUAAUGAUAAACAGUGCAGCUCACAAUGUCAGUGAUGCAUACCCAGGGACAAUUAAGAAUAUGAAACUAGAUAAAGAAAACUUAUUAGAAGAAAUAAAUGAGGAUAAUUUGGAGGAUGGACCAACCAUUCAUGAAUUAGCACAUGAUGAUAUUCUGAAUAAUGAUGCUUCACAAGACUCAUUAGAUGCAACUGGUUUUGUAACUGUUAAUUUAUCAUCUGUACCUAUUAUCAAUUCUGGCAAUUCUGAUGGUACAACAUUACCCACUCAAUACCAUGUUACGAUGGAGGAUGAUGAAGAUAAUGAAACAGAUGGAAUAAGACUAAGGUAUCCCAACAAUUGUAGCAAUGGCAUGUUAAGAAGUCCAAACACACAACCAAUUGUAACUUCACCAUCACCUACAAUUACUUCUGUAUCUCCAAUAGGUCAAUCUGCUAUGGAACAAAUUUUUGUUACUGUACCAAGCACUUCAAAACCUAAAACAAAAUCCUGCAAGAAAAAUGUGUCCAACACAAAGAAUAUAAAAAACUUAACAUUAAACAAUUAUAAUACAAUCAAUCCACCUGCUGAUUUUAAGCUUCCUGCUGAAAUAUUUGCAAGUGAUGAUUCUAUAAGUGAUGCUGGAGCUGGUGGGAAUGAUGACAUAAACAAUUUCAAUGAACUUAAUGGAAAUGAUUUGGUUAUGCCUUCAUCAAAAGACAAAAUGCUAGGAGGAAUUAAUAUUAAGGUUGAAAGUGCUGAACCUGUUUCAAGUAAUACAGAGAAGAAAGCUAAGAAGUCCAAAGAUAAUACAAACAAUUUUAAUUUAGCUGAUAUAAAGACUGAACUUCAAGAUGAUUUUGAUUGGAAUAACAUGACCUUGGCUACAGUACAUAAUAAUCCAAACCUCAAUAAGUUACAAACAAUGUGUAGGAACAACAACCAAAAUCGAGAGGAUUAUUCUCUUUUCGCAUCAAAUUCAAACAAGAAUGAUAUUGAUGACCAUUUAGACACAAUGCAAACUGAUCUGGAAUCUUUGCGGGAACUCCUAAGAAGUGAUUCUUAUUCUUUUGACACCAACACUUUGCUAGGGACUCCUGAUACAAGCUUGCAAACAACGAUGUCUUUCAACCCAUCUUUGCAUCAACACAUACAAAAUGGACAUUUAUUUGGAUCAGAUGACCCAUUCUACGGGUUGUCAUACAAUGCAGCCGAUGAGCGAGGUAAACCUACCAAUGCGAAGAAGAUGAAAGGUGAGAUUUCAAAUGUAACCUGUGACGACACUCGCGUCCAGAGCCCUUUCAAUGAGGAUGAUGCUGAAGGGAAUCAGUUAAUGUCGUAUACUGGGAAUAUUCCAGACUUUGAAGACAUUUCAAUACCAGAUUUGGAUGCAGAUAAUUCAUUGCCACCGAGCCCGAGUAGUUCCACUCUUAAUACACCGCAAAUCGAACUUCGGUCGCCAUCUUAUGUUUUGAAGCACUGAACAUAAUGCUUAAAGUUAUCUGACCCAGUGCCAGUGGCGUGCUUACGGACGCCAUCUGUUUUUGAUUGUGAAAGAUGACCAUUCGGUCAGAUAAGUUGGAGGCACUAUAAACAGAAAGAUCAUCUCGUACUCCAAUUUAUACAAAGGAGACUAUAGUUAAAGCCGCCCUGAAAUACUGUAAUUUUACACCUCCUUUAUAAAGACUUAUGUAUAUACAGUGUAAGAAAGUCUACUCAUUUCGCUUUACCUUCUAUAGAAAGGCGUUAAACAAUAUUCAAUGUAAACAGACAGGCUAGUUUUUUGGAACCUUAGCAAUUUUAAAUUCAAUGUGCUAGGGAAGUACUGAAAUAAUAACACACCUACUUAUAUAGAAACACUAUUGCCUUUAUUAUAUUUGAAAAAUAUCAUAAGCAUAACAUACGUACCGUCACUAUUGAGAGUUUAUAGACUGGGCACUUCAUGUACAUUUACAAAAUACGAAUAAUCAUAGGUUAUCGAUGCGAAAUAUUCUCAGCUAAGUUAUUGUUUUGAUUGAAUUUAUUAUUCAGAUUCGUGUGCCGAUUAUUAGAUGUAACCAUACUGUUAACUUAGCAUAGUUUUUUGUAGAUAUAGUACUAGGCAUAACAGUACAAUUAUUUAAAAUUUCUGCUGGGGCCUUAAAGAAAACAAUUAUUUUUAUACAUCCAAUAUUUAAUGUGGAGUUUAUCUAAAAUUUUUCAAACGUAUCUAUCUUGUUUUUUUUUUAGUGGCUAUUGAAACUUAAGUCCAUUAGAAACCGCUUUAAUUAAAUGGAAAUGAGACACGUUUGAACGCACGAAACUUACAAUAUAUUUGUGAAAUAGAUGGAGUUAUAAGCAACAUCUUGAUGUUGUCUAUUGAAAAGUUUGUGGCGCUAUCUGUUAUUGUUUCCUACACAUCUCGGAUAUAUGAAAAAUACUUGUCAUGAGUAAGUUAUACCUACAUGUGUAUUUAACAAGACAUUGAGCAUUUCGUGCCAUUUACAUAAAACAACAACGUUUUUCUUAUUAAUUAUAAAGAAUUUGUACAUUUUCCGUUAAAUUACAUAAUUUGCAUUUAUAUACUAUUAUAGAUUUGUAACGGCAGUUGUUUUAUACAUUUUUAUCUAAUAUGUCUGGCAGUGAAACUGCUAGUUAGUGCUGUAUUCCCUAAGAUUUUAUUUAUAAGUUCUAUAUUUAGAAGAAUGCUUAAUUUUGCUUUGCAACCAUUGUUAAAAUUUUCAAGAGUUUAUUGGGUGUUUACAUCCGAAUUAAUUUGGUUAUGUUAUCUGUAAUUUUCGUGUAUAUAAUGGUGUAUCAAAUUAUAUUUAUGAGUAUUAUGUAAAAAAUUAGGAAUACAUGUUAACUUAAGAUGCCUUAAAUCCAAAUAAAUCAUAAUUGCUCAGAUUUAUAUUCAAAAAAUACUUGUUUAAAAUUUGUGUAUAAAUUACUUUCAUAGCGCCAUCUCGUUAAUUUCAUAGACAAUUAUUUUAGAUAUACGAAAACCCCCUUUUUAUUUUGUGUUAAUUAAAAAAAAUAGUUGUAUCUCAUGAGUAAAUAACUAAAGAUAUGAACAAAAUAAGCUGUAUAAUAUAAAAGAAAUAUAGGCAUAAAUUAAGCUAGUUAUUUUUAAAUAAAAUUUAAUGAAACAAG